AUGGCCCUCUCAAUGAUGACUCAACUACGACCACGACCCAAGCCCUCCUCUAUGACUUUACGGUGGAGCGACCAGCCUCCUGACAAGAGGAUCCCAUAUGCGCUUCCUCAGAUGGAGGGCGAGUGCAUCACCAUCCCCGGUAGUAAGGGUGUCUUUCGGAUCCUGGCGUCCGCGAAACAAACGAAUGGAUUGAUGGCUGUUUUCCAGAGUGGUGCCGUUCUUUCCGACGCGCCGGGUUUUCAUUACCAUAACCACGCGCAUGACGUUUUUCUGGUAACGAAAGGGUUCCUGAAGUUGUGGAAUGGGGAUAAGUGUCGAAUAAUGGGCCCCGGGGAUUUCGCCUACGUGCCGCCGAAAGUGAUUCACAACCCCGAAAUGAUAGGACCGCAUACAGAGAUCUACGGCCUAAUCACCCCCGGCGAUUGGGUGGAUUUCUUCCGACACGUCUCGGAGCCAUACGAGGGGGUCCUGGUUCCGGAGAGCGACAACCGCGACCUGAAAGCCCUAUUGAUCCCCAAGGUGAUGGCAGCGAAGGAGAAAUUCGACGUGGUCUUCCAGCCCGACUAUCAGCCCCCCGAGGUGACCGAGUGGACCACCGACGACGAGAAACUGCCUAGUUCAUCGCAGCAGCCGUUUUUUCUCCGCGCCAACACCGGCCCCCGAUGGAUGCUAGGCGGCGUGAUGUCUCGACCGUUCAUCACGACGGCGCAGAGCGACGGUGUCUGCGCGAUCUCGAGCAUCGAAUCCUCCAACCGGUACCCGACGUAUAACGCGCUGUUCUCGGAUUAUAUGACCUUUGCGAGCGUGGACCAUUGCCUGUGUGUUGUGGAGGGGAUGUUGGUGGUGUCGUUGAAGGAGUCGGUGGAGACUAAAGUGCUGCGCGAGGGCGAGACGAUCGUGAUUCCGGCGGGGAAGGGGUUCGCGUUGCAUUUCGAUAGUCGAUAUGUGCGUGUCUGGUCCUUUGCGGACGGCAAUGGCAUCGAAUCGCUAGUUCAUCGGUUGGGGACGCCGUUCGAGGGCGUCGUCUUGCCGGAGAAGAUGCAGGAAUGGGAUUUCACGCGCGUGAGAGCGGUCACUAAGGAGUUGGGAGUGGACAUGGACCUGGAACCAAAAUGA